GUUCAGCACCGCGGAGAGCGCCGGCUGGCCGAGCGGCGUGAGCCCGGUAACAGGCAACGAAAGCAUUGCAGUCUGGUCUUCAAUUGCCCAGGAACAAUUCAUCCAAGAGAGGGCAAAAUCAUGAUUGUACCUCCAUGAAUCAAUAACAUUACUUUGAAAACUCUGAGGAAGGAUAUUCAUGACUACUGAAGUACUACAAUGGGAUUUCAUAUUAGCUCCAUGUCCGGGACGGAACUGAAAAGCACCAGAUUUCAGACAGGUGCAGAUGAGGAAAGACAGUAUCGCACAGCUCCCAAUUACAACUACAAAUGGACUGAUCUGCACUGUGAGGCAAGCCGAGGGAACUUUGAAAGGCUACAGGCCUUGCUCCGUGUUGCAGGUGAGGAUCAGAUCAAUAAGAAGGAUUACUAUGGCAAGAGCCCCCUCUACUGGGCUGCCUAUAAAGGGCAGCGAGCUUGCAUCGAGUUACUACUGGAAUAUGGUGCAGAUGCCAACAGUCAGUGUAAACAUGGGGCAACCCCACUCCAUGCAGUAAUUGGGCUGUUUCCUGAUUGCGCUCUGCUGCUCAUACAGAAUGGAGCAGAUGUAGAUCUUCCUGACAAUUGGGGUGUGACACCAAUGUACCUGGCUGCCUGCAGUGGACAACUUGACUGUUUGCGGCUACUUGUCCUAUCUGGAGCAAAAAUCACAUACAGAAAUAAGAACACUGGAGAGGCCCCCAAGCAAUUGGCUUCCAAGACCAACUUUCUGUCCUGGAUAGAUGGUUAUCGGAAGAACCCACCAUCAUUGAAGCAACCUGUCGGCUGA